AUGGCAGAUUGUGGAGCGCUUCUGGCGUACUGUCGGCAACUUGACUCGCCAGAAACCUCGGCAGACUACUGGCGGCGUAUAACAACAGAUACUAGUUUGGUGCGAUGGUGGGCGUUCCGUUGUGGAUCAUUCAUUGCAAGAGAGGCAGAAUGUGGUUCCAUGAUCAAAGAAACGACGACAUAUAUGAGGAUUAAAUCUUACAGGUAUAAAAUCCCAAAUUAUCGUGAGCCAUCACAACUCACGCGCACACUCUUCUUGAGCUAUUCUACUGGUGUGGUAUGUUUAGGAGAAAGCGGAGCUCGAAACUUCAAAUGCACAGUGAGACAAGAGCUGUUGGGAAUGAAUAUCGGUACAAUUCAACUUAUGGUACCACAUUGA